GUGAAAUGGGAAAAAAGUUAAAUAUGUAUGAGUGCGGGUAAAUAUAUAAAUCGGUAUAUAGGCGUUUAUAUAAAAUAGGUAGAGAACGCGGGCGGUUGGUGCUCGGCUCAGUCUCUCGCGAUCCUUGCAGCCUCCGCUCGCUCGCAGCCUCCGCCGCGCCACUGCCACGCGACGAGCGGCGGUUAAUUUCUCGAUAGUGUUUUUAUAUCCUCAUAUAUUUCUCACGAGCUUUUCUUUGUGAACUUUUCUUGGACUUUGUGUCUCUUGGACACAGUUGUGCAAGUGUGGUAUGAAUCUUGCUCGCAACUCAGUGUUUGAAGAAAGUUGUGGAAAGUUGGAGGUGUCUUUAAUACCGCUGACAUGGUUUCUAUUAUCGCCAUUGCCGUAAUUGCGGUACUCGCGCCGGGGAGGCAUUGUUCGGGCUCGCACAGCGCGCCGGACCCCAGCCCCACACCACCGCCUGACGUAAAACGAUGCGCGGAAUCACAAUACGAGAACGAUACGACCGGUUUCAAAGAGCUGAAGAAGGAUCAGCGCAUUGGUCCGAGUUUACCGAACAAGAAACUUAGCCAAUCUGAAAAGGAAAAUAUCUGCAACGAGUACGAGACUGCCAAAACAAAAUGUGAUGUUUUAAACAAGAAGCACCGGACCUCCAGGGAUCUAUUAAUAUGGUGCUCGUUAGUGAAGAAAGCUGGCGGCUCUAGCGUCAAACGAAAACGUCUAAAGCGGUCCUCAGAUUCUCGUCCAGAAUUAGUGUACACUUUUAUUGAGCAAGCAGUGCAGCCAGGUGCCCAAGUUGCGUUGAAGUGUUCAGCGGUCGGAGAACCUCCGCCGCGUUUCCGAUGGACAUUGGACGGUCAAAAUAUACCAGCACAUCAUGGGGCAAUAAUCACGGAAGGGCGGGAGACAGGACCUUCAGGUAUCGGGUCUAGCAGCAACUACAUCCUGUCGACGCUCUCCCUGAACAGCGCCAGAGUAGAGCAUGGAGGCCGAUACGAAUGUCGUGCUACAAACACCCACGGAUCCGUCGCGCAUGCCGCCCGACUUAAUGUUUAUGGUCCUCCGUACAUACGCUCAAUGAACCCAGUUAAAGCAGUUGCCGGGUCUGACGUCACUGUUUGGUGCCCCUACUAUGGGUUUCCAAUCGACUCAGUAAAAUGGGAAGGUGGUGCAGGCAACGAUCCACGGUACCGACAGGGUGACGGGCAUCUAACUAUCACCAACGUGGACCGAACACGCGAUAAAGGCGGCUGGAUAUGUUCCGUGCUCACGCCUGGAGGGGAACUCGCUAGGAGAGAGGUACAAAUCAACGUGGUGUCGCCGCCGGUGCUUUCCCCUAUCGUGUUUCCGCCCGGCCUGCGUUCUGGUGACCGCGCUCAGAUCACCUGCACCGUUACCUCGGGCGACAUGCCCGUUUACUUUUCAUGGCUCAAGGAUCAGCUGCCGAUUUCAAGCGUGCUACAGGUGGACGAGCGUGGUGCGGAGUUCUACAGCAUGUUGUUGUUCAAAAGCCUGACCGCCGCGCACAGCGGCACGUAUACGUGUGUUGUCACAAAUACUGCCGGGAAAGCAAACAUGUCCGCUGAGCUGGCCAUUAAAGUUCCACCGUAUUGGCAAAUGGAGCCUUCUGAUGCUGCGGUGCUGCUAAACGGAUCGCUGACCGUAAGCUGUGAAGCGCGUGGUCACCCUCCUCCUACUAUUUAUUGGACCAAGUUCACUGGUAGUACAGAAACAGCCCUGGGCGGAGUAUCCGAUCCGGUCGUGUUCAGUAAUGGAUCGUUGAGGCUGGAGUCGGCCCGAGCGGAGCACUCCGGCAAAUAUCGCUGUAGAGCCGAGAACGGCGUAGCGCCCGCCCUCUCUAAAACGCUCACGAUACACGUUAAUGAACCAGCAAGAUUUGAGACGCCAUCUGUAAACGUGACAGCCAAGCUUGGGGACACAGUGAGGCUGGUGUGCGUUGCUAGAGGAGACAACCCUUUGUCUAUGUCUUGGAGCCACUCUGGAAGGGCGCUACCUAAUUCGGACUACAGGAUGAGCAUAUCAGAAACGCGUAGCGCGGAGGGUCUACGCAGCGAAUUAGUGAUCGAGCGUGCAGAUAGGCGAGACUCGGGGGUUUAUCGCUGCCAAGCCUCCAACCCCUACGGGAGGUCGGACCAUUUCGUACAUUUAGGGGUUCAAGAGCCCCCGGAACCUCCAGCCAACUUCAGAGUAGUAGACACCACUUCACGAACCAUCCGUCUGCAAUGGAGGAGACCUUAUGAUGGCAACUCGCCCGUACUUGGCUACGUGGUACAGUACCGGAGACAUGACUCCGCCAACGCGGACGCUUGGAGAGACGCUGAUACCCACAAUGUCUCUGUAUCAGCUCACAGUGUCAACUCAUAUUCCGAGACCGAAGAUGCAACAAUAACAGGUCUAGAACCAGCUACAGCGUACCUAGUACGAGCAAGAACUGUGACAGCGCAGUUUGCAUCACCACAUACGAGGGCUCUACUCGCUUUAACAUUACACGAACCGCCUGCCCGAGCUCCCAUCAGUUUACAAGCCUCUGCCCCUAGACCUUCCACGAUUGAAUUGCUCUGGCAGGCUCCCCCGACAUCGGCAUGGAAUGGUGAAUUGUUAGGAUACACAGUGUGGUGGUGGCCUUCCGCUGACGGCUCGUUGUCAGGAGGCGCCAGCGUCGGUAUGGAGUUCGCCACUGUUAGAGGACAUGUUACCAAAUACACUAUUGAAGGUCUCGAACAUUAUACACGGUACUCAGUAAGUGUGAGAGCGUUUAACAGUGCAGGGGCAGGCCCUGCUACGGCACCAGUUAACACUCUUACACAAGAAAAUGUACCAUCUGAAGGUCCUCGCGCAGUGAGAUGUCGAGCUGUGUCCCCUCAAAGUUUGAAAGUGGAAUGGUCUCCACCACCGGCGCACGCGCAUCAUGGAGCGUUACUGGGAUAUAAGUUGCUUUACCGACCGGAACAUACGGCAGAUUGGCUGGAGUGGGAGGUCCGAGGCGGUGGCGGUUCAAGCAUAACUGCAGGGGCUGAGGUCAAACGCGUCGCAGGCGUGGAGACCUUACUUCUAGCGCUGAGGCCGCACAUGAACUAUACUGUGCAGGCGCUAGCAUAUACAGCUGCUGGGGAUGGUGUGCCAGCACAUCCUAUACAUUGUACUACACAACAGGACGCCCCAGGUCCACCAGCUGCCGUUAAAGUUAUAGCAACUUCAGUUACAUCUUUGGCUGUCAGUUGGCUUCCACCAUCUCGAUCUAAUGGACCAAUUUUAUAUUACACUGUUUUUUAUCGGGAACUUGGCAGGGACAGACCUCCACAAACAACGACAGUGCAAGCAGAAGACGGCGAGACAUCGAUUGGUCUUGGGGGAUUCACUGAAUUGCGAUCUUUAUCCGAAAGCGCUACUUACGAAGCCUGGGUCGCAGCACAUUCCGCUGCUGGAGAAGGAGAGCCUUCAGCACCGCAACCAGCAACGACCACUUCUAGAGCGGCGGUUAGACUGCUUUCAUUCGGCGUAUGGGCGCGCGUCCAAUGCGGCCAUUCAUUACGGCUGGCUUGCGUUUGUCGUGGCGAACCCGCUCCUAGAACCAGAUGGCAUCACGGAGACAGACCAAUCACGCACGAUCCACGGACUUACGUCACUCCUCAUGGACAUCUUGUUAUACAUGAAGUAGAUCCAUCAACCAUUGGUAAUUACACUUGCUCUGGACGCAAUUCCUUUGGCUCGGAAGAUGUGACAUACCGGAUAGAGUGCGCGGCGCCACCAGCAGCACCCACGUUAGCCUUGGAUCGAGCUGCGCAUACUGAUGCUAAGCUCUCCUGGAGAACUACGCAUCAUCCUUCUGCACCACCUCAUGGUUUUACAAUCUUCUGGAUCCGAGUCCGAGAUGACAGUACUGAUGGUGCAGAGUCAAGCAGUUCAAGGGGAGAAGAGGAACGUAAAAUAGAGGCAGGAGGAGAAGCUUCUAGUGUGGUACUAAGAGCAUUGUCCUGUGGCGCCAGUUAUUCAGUGAAAGCUGUUGCGCAUUCGAGAGCUGGGUCUUCACCUCCUUCAGUACCUUUGAUGGUCAGGACGAAACCUCCAGUCUUAGUAUGGGAAGGCGGGGGAAAUCCUGACAACAAUCAAGAGGAAGGUGCUGAAGCAGCAAUAUGGAGCAACAGUACUGCACUAGCGCUGGACGCGCGUAGAGCAGUGCGGUGUGGUGCCAGACUUGUGAGAAUGCAGUGGAGAAGAGCCGAUGCUACUGCGGCUUGGAGAGAUGCUGAUCUGACCUCCUUGCAUCAUCAUAGAGAAGUAGUGGUUGGAGGACUUGCAGUGGGCACAUGGUAUGCCCUGAAAUUGUGGACAGCGACCGAGUCCGGACGUCAACAAGCAAUCAUAUAUGCGGCAACUACUACACAUUCUGGAGAGCGUCUCCGUCGUCCAGUGGCUUUUCAUUCUGAAGGAUCCCCGACCACUACAGUGAACAACGCUGAUAACGCCGAUCGUGUACUAGGCGCAGUCUCACUUGCAUUUGCAGCACUUGCCACGCUUGCUGUGACUGCGUUGCUUCUAGUACUGAUGGCGAAACGAAGCACCCUCUUGUCUUGUGGAGGGCAAAUCGAGGAAGACGCUCGCCGCUGCAGCCACUCAGUGGCCAGCACUGACAAGUCCGUGUGUCCCGAACAGCAGAAUAUAAGGAACUGCCAACACGAUUAUAAGCACGACAAAUUGUCGCCUGCUUCUGAUGUAUAUGAAAUAAGUCCGUACGCGACGUUCGCGGUGGGCGGUGAGACGGCUGCGACUUUGGACCACACACUGCAGUUCCGCACGUUCGGCCACCGCGACAACGACGCACCUCCGCAUCGGCCCUGUAGAAAACACCCGCAAAGGCACCGCGAACGAGCUGAUGGGAACUAUAAAGUGGAAAAGCAUCACUCGGAGUGCGAGCUGCAGCACCUCAGCCGGUACGAGAAGGUGAGGCCCCGACACUGCGCCGGCACCUCCUAUUGCGUACCGCUAUCACAUCACGGUGGUGGCGGCGGCAGCGGAGGAGGUGGUAGCGGCGGGGGAUUCUCGGAAGUAUACGCAGGUGACUCGAGCGCGGAGUCUGGCCCCGGCUCACUCUCUCCCCGCACUCACCACGAGCACAGCUAGCGCCAAGGCAAACCAACAACCAAAUAAAUAUCACCUGAAGGCCCCUGGAAACAUUGGCCAAGCGUGUUGGACUAAUUGGUGCCAACGUGUACUUAGCCACCCAAACCAGUAUUAGUAAACGUUGGCACAUCUCAUUGGUCUAAAACAUUGGUGUAGUAGAAUAUUAGUCUAAUAUUGUUUUGGAGAAAUUGAGAUAAUAUUAUGCUCCGUUUCGGAAACAGGUAUACCUAAAGAGAAAGAUUUUCAGAAGUGUACAUAGAGUCUUUAAGAAUUCAGAACUGGGAUUACUCGUUAUAUUUCCAAUUGGAAGGUUUAUAGCUGUCAAGUUUAAUAUAUCUAAAAGACUCAAUACGAAUCAGUCCAAAUUCUGAAUUCAUGGUUAAUUUACGGAAAACAAUAAAUUAACCUUUGAUGAUAAACUUCAAAGGUUUGUUUCAAACGACGACGAUAAAUGUCAAUAAUGGCGAAGAAAUUUUUGAAAACAGUAAUAAAUAAUUAAUUAAAGUUCGAAACACUGUGGAAACGAAACGACCAUAUUAUCUCAGAACUAAAUCGAAAAUUCGAAAUAAAUAGUAAGAUUAAAAUGUCUAUAAAUAGAUUAAAGCUCGAGUAGUUCCAGCGAUUAAAAAAGAGGUCGAGAAAGUUUUAUCAAAAGGCAUUUGCCAGGACUUUCACCGGAACCAUUUCUCCGGAAUUAUUGAAGCUCAUUAAAAGGAAUAGACGUUUAAUAAGGAACACUAUUAUACACAGAAUAUUUGUUAAAAUACCUAUUUAGAACUCAAAGGAAAACGAAAAAUUACGCUUUAGUUACUGCCAUUUUGUAAUAACAUAAACUAGUCUCCAUAAGGAUUUUUUUGUAUACAAUAAAAAUAAUUAUCACAUACCUACUCCGUAUCUAUAGCAUAAUUUAAAGGACAAUGUUGCCAUUUGUAAUCAAAAGUUUUUGAAUAAUUGUCUCAUGUCGUGAAUAGUAAUAGCCGUAAUCUACGUUUACACAAGCAUAUUUAGGUACUUUUGGAAUAUACUAAAACAAAAAAACUGCGAAGGUACAAAAUGAAGAGAAAGCUAAUAUUACGUGGAUGUUUAUAUUUGAACAUGGAUAUUUAUGUAAUAUUAAUAGAUCUAAAAAGUAGUAGAUUUACAGCCGAAAUUGAUAUUCAAUCUGUCUAUAAUCUGUCGAUAAAUGACUUACCAACGUUGUUCAUUGUCAUAAAAGACAAUUUUUCUUAAAUUACAACGCUAGUUAAGUAACUUAUCGAUCAAAUUACAGAAUUAGAAUUAACUUACUUGGAUACUAUAUUUUGAAAUUGGGAAAAUUUUGUACUCUGACCUAAGUAUGAAUUAAUGUAAACGUAGACAUUUUUCUAGUCGAUUAUUACAUUGUGAGGAUAGUUAACUGUAAAUAAAUAUUAGUCAGACUGACGUUAUACUUUUGAAUGGAGCUUAAAUUUGUAAAUAAAUAUGUAGAUAUCAUUAAAACUCUAGUCAAUUUUUAUUGAAUGUUUAUGACAAUAUAAUUGUAUGGUGUAAAUAUUGAAUCUAUGUGAGAAUUUGUUUAUUGUAAUAUAAAUCAUUUAU